GCCGGAGCUCGAGAGGAGAGGUUCCGUCACGGGGCUGCGCGCGCGCGCACAUUCUCACACACACACGCCGCGCGGCCAGGCCAGCGGCCGCCCUCUGUUGUCUUUCUUGUCCUUUUCCUCGGUUCUGUUUUCCCUCCGACCGCCCGGUUCUGCCGGUGGAGCUCCGCAGCAGACGGGCCGAACAUCCGGAACCAAUAACGCAGCAGCAGACGGGCCGAUCGAGUCGGGCCGGGGCGGCCGAACUUCCCCCUUUCCUGUCAGUGUUCCCGGAACGCUCCGCUGUUUCCGACGGUUCCGCCGACCCAUACGGGUUCCGCCGACCCAUACGGGUUCCGCCGGAACUUUUAACCACCAUCGAGUCCACACCGCGCCUUCUUGGUGCCGUUAACCGGAGAGUUUGUUUUCGAAGAAGUUUUACAUUUUUGCCUGUUUUCCGGACUCAACAGCGCCCCCACCCUACCGUCCUCCAUCCCGGGCAGGCCCGGUACCGACAGGCCCGCGACCCCCCGAACCGGCCUGCUUCCGUUUGGUUCGACCGGGGCGUGAGACGGAUGUGUGAGCGGACCACGCGUGUCUUCAGUCCGGGCCAGCUGUGUAGGUGUGCAGGCGGGGCUUAGAGAUGGCAGGAGCAUCGGUUAAAGUGGCGGUCAGAGUCCGCCCCUUUAAUUCCCGAGAGACCAAUCGAGAUGCCAAGUGUGUCAUCCAGAUGCAGGGCAACACUACAUGUAUUUCCAACCCCAAACAGCCUAAAGAUGCAGCGAAGAACUUCACCUUUGACUAUUCCUACUGGUCACACACUACGGCUGAGGAUCCUAAUUUUGCGUCCCAGCUGCAGGUGUAUAAAGACAUUGGGGAGGAAAUGCUGCUUCACGCCUUUGAAGGCUACAAUGUGUGUAUUUUUGCAUACGGUCAGACGGGGGCAGGAAAGAGCUACACCAUGAUGGGGAGACAGGAACCAGGGCAGGAAGGAAUUAUACCACAGCUGUGUGAAGACUUGUUUAGGCGGACAGGAGAGAAUACAGACCCUGACCUGCAGUUCUCUGUUGAGGUUUCGUACAUGGAGAUCUAUUGUGAGCGCGUGCGUGAUCUUUUGAACCCUAAGUCUCGGGGGGCGCUGAGAGUGAGGGAGCACCCCAUCAUGGGCCCGUACGUGGAGGACCUGUCCAAACUAGCUGUGACCGGUUUCAAUGACAUCCAAGACCUGAUGGACGCUGGCAACAAGGCUCGGACAGUUGCAGCCACUAAUAUGAACGAGACAUCAUCUCGUUCUCAUGCGGUCUUCACCAUCGUCUUCACCCAAAAACGACGAGACCAGAUGACUAGUCUAGACACUGAGAAGGUCAGUAAGAUCAGUCUGGUCGACCUGGCAGGAAGUGAGCGAGCUGACUCCUCGGGGGCAAAGGGCACCAGGCUAAAGGAAGGAGCCAACAUCAACAGGUCUCUGACGACGCUGGGGAAGGUGAUAUCAGCCCUGGCCGACAUGCAGAGCAGUAAGAAGAGGAGGAGUGACUUUAUUCCCUAUAGAGACUCUGUGCUGACGUGGCUUCUGAAGGAGAACCUUGGUGGGAACUCUCGUACAGCCAUGAUUGCUGCUCUCAGCCCCGCUGACAUCAACUAUGAAGAAACACUAAGUACUCUGAGAUAUGCAGACCGUGCUAAGCAGAUCCGUUGUAAUGCUGUGAUUAAUGAAGACCCCAACGCCAAACUGAUCAGAGAGCUGAAAGAAGAGGUCAAUCGACUCCGAGAACUCCUCUUCUCUCAGGGCCUCCAGGAACUACUGGCCAAUACUGAAGUAAACAACAACAGUAGCAGUCCUGUUGGAGAUUCUAAACCCGCCGCUGAAGGUGAACCAUCGCCAGACUCUGAUCACGUGACAGAGGAUGGCGAUGAGGGAGUGGAGCCUAUCACUACAGAGCCAAUCAGUAAAGAGGAAGCUGCUGAAAGACUGCUGGAAACGGAGAAGAUUAUCGCUGAGCUAAAUGAGACGUGGGAAGAGAAGCUGAGGAAGACAGAGUCCAUCCGAUUAGAAAGAGAGUCUCUCUUGGCAGAGAUGGGUGUGUCCAUUAAAGAAGAUGGAGGAACAUUGGGAGUUUUCUCUCCUAAAGGAACCCCCCACCUGGUCAACCUGAAUGAAGACCCUCUUAUGUCUGAGUGUCUCAUCUACUAUAUCAAGGAAGGGUUCACUAGGGUCGGGCAGCAGGAUGUUGACAUUAAACUCUCUGGUCAGUUCAUAAAGGAGAUUCAUUGUGUGUUCGUCAGUGAGACCAACGAACAGGGAGAAGUCAUAGUAACCCUGGAGCCAUUAGUAGGAGCGGAGACGUAUGUUAACGGGAAACAGAUCACAGAGUCUGUGGUCCUCAAACAAGGGAACCGUAUAGUCAUGGGGAAGAACCAUGUGUUCAGGUUUACUCACCCCGAGCAGGCCCGGCUGGAGAGGGAGCGUAGUGCCACGGCUGACCAGCAGGGAGAACCAGAGGACUGGAACUACGCCCAGAGAGAGCUGCUGGAGAAACAGGGGAUAGACAUCAAGCUGGAGAUGGAGAAAAGACUUCAAGACGUUGAGAAUCAGUACCGCAGGGAAAAGGAGGAGGCAGACCUGCUCCUGGAACAACAUAGACUGUAUGCAGAUAGUGACAGUGGUGAUGAUUCAGACAAGCGUUCCUGUGAGGAGAGCUGGAGACUAAUUUCCUCCCUGAGAGAGAAGCUACCUGCCAACAAGGUACAGUCCAUUGUGAAGCGUUGUGGUCUGCCCAGCAGUGGGAAGCGUAGGGAGCCUCUCAGAGUUUACCAGAUCCCUCAAAGAAGACGCAUCAGCAAGGACCCCAAACAGGUCACCAUCUCUGACCUCCGCAUGCAGGCUGUCAAAGAGAUCUGCUACGAGGUUGCCCUUGGCGACUUCCGCCACUCCCGUCAGGAAAUCGAGGCUCUGUCCAUCGUGAAAAUGAAGGAACUCUGUCGGAUGUACACAAAGAAAGACCCGGGUGAGAAGGAGAGCUGGAGGGCCGUGGCUCAGGAUGUGUGGGACACGGUGGGGAUUGGAGAAGAGAGGAGUCCCCCGCCAGACGAAGGAGGAGGAGGAGGAGAGAGCGGGGAGCAGGCUGGAGGAGGAGAGAAAGGAAUCUACGACUUGAAGGCACAUAUCGACAAACUUACGGAUAUUUUACAGGAGGUGAAGCUACAGAACAACAUGAAAGACGAAGAGAUUAAAGCCCUGCGAGACAGAAUGGUCAAGAUGGAGAGCAUCAUUCCAGUCCAGGAUGAUGAGAUGAAUGGUGAAGGGGGCGUAUCUUCUCAGCGGAAUGGGGGCGUGGCCAUGAACGAUCGUGAGCAACCAGAAAUCAGAGUGACUCGACUGAUGGAGGAGGACCCAGCAUUCAGGAGAGGGCGCCUCCGCUGGCUGAAACAAGAACAACAACGCAUCCUCAACCUGCAACAACAAAACAUCACCAAGAAACUGAGAAGGGAAAACCAAGGCCAGAACUCUGCUGUGGUUCCGGUUCAUCUGCCCGGCACCGGACGCUUCAUCCCCCCUCAGGACUGCAAGCUGAAGUUCCCCUUUAAGAGUAACCCGGCUCACCGUUUGUCCUGGGGACCGGCCAGCGCUGCCCUGCUUGGCCUGGGGCUGAGCAGUGAGGGAGGAGCAGAGCAGGGGGAAGAGGAGAAAAGUUCUCCUUCUCCCCCACCUCCUCCUCAGUUCCUCCCCCCGGGCCUGGCUCCGCCCCUCCUGCCCCUGCCUUUCCAAAACCCCCUCCCUCGCAUGCGCACGCCGAGCCCGCAUCGCACCUGGCAACCACAUCACCAAGGCAACCAGGGAAGCUACCAGCACCAGAGACGCCAGCGACGCAACUCCCUAGAUGGCUCCACCUAUGACAACCAUCGUCAUGGCAACAACCAGAAUCACAGCAAUGGUAACCAUGGAAGCAGUAACCAGGGGCGACCCAAAUACAGAAGGGGGGCGUCGCCAGGCCCAGGGGCAGAGAGAGGAGGAGAAGGAGAGGGAGGAAGAAGAGGUAGUCGAGGAGGAGGGAGAGAGAGAGACAGAAGCUUGCAGUACAACCACCAUAAUCACCAGUAUCACCACCAUCCCUACUACAACCCCCACAAUGCGCCAUUCCAACCAGGGCCUCAUCCCAACUACAACAGCCUGCCACGCUCAGGGGGUCGGCCCCAUGGUGACAUGCUGCAGGGGGUGGGGCCACAGCAUGGGGGGUGGGGCUUCAACACCCCUCCCAGGAUGAGACGACAGUUCAGUGCCCCAGACCUCAAAAUCUCGACCAAUAUGACAUCCUCCAACAACAAGGACACACCAUCUGCCCUCUGAAGCAGGAGCUAACACAUAGCUUUGUGAUUGGUGGAGACUGACCAACACAGAAAGGCUGGAAGUUGGAUUUUAAGUGGCUAAAAAUGCUGUAGUUUGAAAAUUGUGUGUGUGUGUGUGUGCGUGUGUGUGCGUGUGUGUGUGUGUGUGUGUGUGUGUGUGUGUGUGUGUGUGUGUGAGUACUUUUGCGCAACGCACAACCAGUUUUGAGUUUGCACAUUCUUUGUUAGUCACACACACUAUGCCAAAUAACAACACACACACACUCUCACUCACACACACACGUAUGUAUCGCUGACCUUGCUUUGUGUGUGUUUGAGAAUGUAUUUGUUGGCUUGCUUACAUCUUCAGCAUGUGGCACAGCCGAGUUGUUUUGCAACCAUGGUGAUGCUAUUUUGAGAUGGGUUUUAUUGGUUUAUAGAGCUGGUGAGGUUUCAGACAGCUCGAUAAAGGAUCGAUACUGUAUAAUUUUGACUGAUCACAGAUCUUAUUGAUCAGUAUGUGAUAAGGUGCCUUAUAACACGUGCUAGAAACAGCUAGCCUCCCUCUAAAUGCUGUCGUGUUAGCGACUCAGCUGCUUUAGUGUGUGAAGUAAACAGGAUAUUUUGUGGUUGUCGAGCCGUGUCGUCAACAGAAGGCUAAUGGCUGUAGUGAUGUUCUUAUGCCUGAACCGACCCAGCUUCAGCUUCCUGCGUUAGCCAUCGCUGAACAAGCCAGCAAGCUAGCAUGUAGUCGCUGGAAGCAUUCUGUAAGUCCUCUGUUAGCUUGGGCUAGCCAGUUAGCAUGAAUUUUCUACUUGGUGUGAGGGGGGCUGAUGUGCUCAAAUACCCGUGGUGCUAGUUUGUUAUAGUUUGUCUCGUGUGCUAAGCCUAGCCGAGCUGGCUGAAUAUUUAAAGCCAAAGAGAGCUGUCCUGUGGCGCCCCCAAGUGUCUGGGAGGGCAAAGCAGACAGACAUUAUUUGUAAAUAGAGAGCGAGGAAGAAAGAGAAAGAUGGUGUGUCACACAUACACUGAGAACUGACAGGAUUGGUCGACACUGACACGUUCCACUGGGAGGAGAGGAAAGUUCUACCUCUGAGGAUAAACGAGGGGAGCGAGAGGACGAAGAGGGAGGCAAAGACUGGCAGUGCAUUCAACAGUAUGGUGCUGACAGAGAACUGCCACCAGGUGAAAUACACCUUUACCAGGGUAUAAACCGUAGAUACACACACACACACACACACACACACACUCACUCUCACACACACACUCUCUCACACACACACACACACACACACACUCAUUCAACACACGCACACACACACACACCUUUGGGGAAAUGAAUUGUGAUGUUUUAGGCUAUUUGUGUGUGUGUAUAUCUGCAGUGUAUUUUGAGUUUUAUGAAGAUGACACUAUUUUAAUAAUCUGUGACGUAUGAAAUGCUUUCCCUGGGUCACGUGACCAGGUUGAAUUUACUGAUGCGCUCUUGUAAGAACAGCGACACUAAAGAUGAAGUUCGUACCGAUGCUGUUGUAGGACAGACGAGAGGUGUGUGGACGACUCCUUGGAGAUGGGAGGCAGGCCCGCUGGAUAAGGAGACAUCCGAAUCAUGUGUACCGGCCAUGUAGCUUCACACACACAUGGAAUGUGACUCUGGUGUCGUGGCUCUCCCAGUGUAGUUAACAUAGAAUAACAACACUACAACACAACACUCUUCACAUGUAGACACACGGACUGACUAUACAGGUGACUUAAGAGGUGAUGAGGUGCAGUGGUGCAGAGAAUAGGAAGGAAGCAAAGGAAGGAUAGACGUGGAAAGAGAGUAAAUGGAGAAACGGUGAUAGACUCUGAAAGUGAUGGAUGAGAGGAAGGUUGGAGAGGUAUAUUUAUUUAUAGGGAAAUGGAGGGCUGCAACAGGAAGUACUUGGUCGUUCCUGAGAUGUUAGUAAGACCUGUGCUGAUUGACUGGAACUCUGUCACAACAGAAGUUGGUUACAGGUUCGAUAGAAAACAGAUAGAGGGCUCUGGAUAGCUCACACCCUGCCAGAUGGUGCAAGGGAUUAUGGGAAACAAGUGGAAUCCUGUGCUCCAUGACCUUUAACCUUUAGCAAAGACAAACCAAACCAAUGGAAGUGCUCCUCUCCAGCCGCAUGCCUGGCAGCAGGAGGCGGGAGUCACCAUGGUAACAAUAAUGACAUUGAUGAAACACAGGAAGUUGUCCUAACAGUGGCAGGAAGUGAAUUUUCCUACUCUGUUCUCUCUGCUUUUAACCAAUCACAGGACAAUCUGCCACUAGGCUUUAUGGGAUUUUUUUUUGUUAUUGCUGGUUUUAAUUUGCAUAAAUUUGCUUCCUUUUUCAUUUUUCUCUUCCCAGCUCUUGCCUCUGACUGGCUGAAUUUUUAGUUUAUCUGUGUUACGUCUUAGUAUGCUAAUGCUGCCUCCAUUAUCCCUGUGCUUCAAGCUGCUGUAACUUUAUGGUGAUCGUUAGCAUCAUUGCAACCAGUACUGAUAACCCUCUGUUCUCCUGUUUGAUGCUGCUGGAGCCUCUGCUCCUGCUAACUGCUCCUGUGUGUUUCUCUUUCGACGUGUUCGAGUGUGUUCGAGUGUGUUCGAGUGUGUGAGUGUGUGUGUGUGUGAGUGUGUGUGUGUGUGUGAGUGUGUGUGUGUGUGAAAGUGGGGCUGUACUCGUGUUAGAGAGGUUUGUGGUUUGUGGGUUGAUUUAAGAGGAAAUGAUUAACUUUGAUUUCAUUUCACUUCAGCAUGUUUUCCCUGGUUUAAAUCAUCUGGGUAAUCUUGUUUUUGGGGGGUGGGGGUGGGGGUUCACUGCCACUGCAACAACAUCCUCAGAUUUCUUGAACUUGUACAACCCCGCCCCCCCCAACCCCGCCGGCUCUCUCCACAGACUGGUCCCGCCCACCUCCGCACCUUUGCUCCAAUCAGAACCUCCGAUGUAAACUGAGUAUUUGUGAACAAACAAAUUCAAUAAAGGUGGUUUCCAUAGUGACACGUCACUUGAUUUGUAGCGGACAGUGGUUGCCAUGGAUGACCAGUUGAUGUUGUCGUUGUUACUUUUCAGCAUCUGCUAAACCUCCUACUGGCUCUCCACUGGCACACAGCCACACCUCCUGGAACAGCUGUCUGUCUUUCUACAUGUCUGUCUGUCUGUCCAAGCUUUUACCAGGAGUCAACAACAUGGUGCCAGUAAACCUGUUAAUAAGACCAGCACGUCUAUUUACCCCCCCCCCCCCCGCCAACCCCGUCUCAGGUCUCCUGUCAGCCGGGACCGGGAGCCGCCCUGCAUCGAUGGCUUCACAUAUAUCAGAAUCCCAAUCAUGCAGGUUGGCACACACAUGGGAUGUGACUCUGGUUUCCUGGCUGUCUGCGUACUGAACAUAGAAUAACAACACUGCAACACAACAAUCUCCACAUGUAUACACAAGGAUGGACUGCAGAGGUGAUUCUAAAAUUUGGGGCACUUUUGGCUUUUCAGAUUUAAAAAAUAAAAUAAAAUAAAUUUCU